AUGAAAAGAAACUUAGCAAGACCAACCAAGUUAAUAAUCCCAACUCAUAAGAUCACGCCAGAACUAAAGGAGAUCUUGUGCAAAGUGGCAGCGACAAAUGUAAAUAAUGCUGCUACUAAUGAUUCUAAUAACGACAACACAACUGUAAGUGGCACUGGAAAAUCCUUAAAUAAUCCUGAAAGCUUUUCAAAUUCUGACAAUUCAAAUAUCCAAAUACGAGAAGCCUCACAAUUAAAUGAAGACUCACAAAUUCAAGAAGAUUCACAAUCAAAUGAAGAUUCACAAUCAAAUGAUUCAGAAUUCAAUGGAUAUCCACAAUCAAAUGAAGAAAAUUUACAACUUAAUGGAAAUUCACAAUCUAGCAUUACUAGUACUCAUUAUAUCAGCAGUGAUGAUAAUGGAAAUGAUGCAAUUGUUAGCAAGACCAACAGUUCUUCUGGGUCAAGGGCCAAGUUAAUAAUCCCAACUCAUAAGAUCACGCCAGAACUAAAGGAGAUCUUGUGCAAAGUGGCAGCGACAAAUGUAAAUAAUGCUGCUACUAAUGAUUCUAAUAACGACAACACAACUGUAAGUGGCACUGGAAAAUCCUUAAAUAAUCCUGAAAGCUUUUCAAAUUCUGACAAUUCAAAUAUCCAAAUACGAGAAGCCUCACAAUUAAAUGAAGACUCACAAAUUCAAGAAGAUUCACAAUCAAAUGAAGAUUCACAAUCAAAUGAUUCAGAAUUCAAUGGAUAUCCACAAUCAAAUGAAGAAAAUUUACAACUUAAUGGAAAUUCACAAUCUAGCAUUACUAGUACUCAUUAUAUCAGCAGUGAUGAUAAUGGAAAUGAUGCAAUUGGUGAUAAUAAUAAAAACAACAAUCAAUUUUUGAAGGAUCAACCAACAGUCAGGAAGGAGACUGUUGACGAUGAGGAGAUGGUAAUUAUUACCUUGGAUAAUGAAAGUAAUAAAAAGGGAUAUAAAUUCAAAAUCCCUGUAUUCCAAUUAUCAAGUCGCGAUGAUGACUGGUUCAUGUUGUCAUCAGAUGUAGCAAGUACCUUGGGAUUCAAUGACAGUUAUUUGCUACAUCUAAGAAAUCCCAUAUUAAAGUUACUACCAACCACUGAUGAAGAGAAAAAUUAUUUAUGUGAAUUAGGGCUGAUAGACCAUUUUACCAGGUCCCGCAAUGCCACAAUUGUGUAUGCUUGGCUGGCAUACUUUAUUUUUGGAACAAAAAUAGUACACGGCGGUAGGAGAAGUCGAGAUGAUGAUAUAAGCGAUCAUGAAGAUGUUUGUAACAUUCUAUCUAAACAAUGUAAUCUCAAGAGACCCAAAAAUAAAUUAAAAAACUUGGAUGAAGCAACAUUGCAACAUCACAGGUUAGUUUCAGUAAGAGAUUAUAAUGCUCGGUUAAAGGUGAAUAGGAAAGAAAAACCAUACCACUAUGACCCGCAUACAAACAUUGUACAGCUUCCUAAUGACACUCAGUCAACAUAUUUGAAUGUUGAGUUCAUACCACAACAUCGUAUGGAACCACCAGGAAUGAUAACAUAUAUUGAAGAGAAACCAAGGGAUAUGAUAGCAAAAUUAAGUGAAGAUAUUUUAGAAAUUAUACCGUCAGAUAUUCGAGCUAUAAUUGAGAAAGUGAAAACUGACGAAGAUGCAGCAGAACGAGAGAAGGAAUUGAAAUUAUAUGCCGCUAAUCAAUACCCAUUAGCUUUAAUGGACAAUCAAAUCCAACAACACAUACCAAUGUAA